AGCUGUUGAGUGGCUGACAGACGCGAGGAGGAGCUCAGUUGCUGCCGAGGCUCACGCCGCUCCGUCCGCCCGCCGUCGCUUUGGACAGAAGCCGCUGCGCUGGGACUCAAAGCCCCACAGAUGGUGCGGGAGCAGUACGUCACCACCACGGAGGGCAGCGGCUCGCCCAGACCCACGCCCGACCAUGUUUACAAGAUCGGCAUCUACGGCUGGAGGAAGCGCUGCCUCUACCUGUUCGUGCUGCUGCUCAUCGUCGUGCUGGUGGUCAACCUCGCCCUCACCAUCUGGAUCCUCCGGGUGAUGUGGUUCAACACGGCGGGGAUGGGCUUCCUGCAAGUUCACCCGGAUGGAGUCAAGCUGGACGAGGGCGAGUCGGAGUUCCUGUUUCCCAUCUACGCUGAAGAACUUCAUUCCAGAGAGGACUCCUCUCUUGUCGCGCACUCAUCAGAAAGUGUUUCCCUCGACGCCCGUGAUGAGAACGGCAGUGUCACAGGGAGGAUGUCUGUGGGUGCAAAACAGGCUCAAGGGCAGACCCCCAAUCUGCUCAUUAACUCCCACGAUGGCAAGAUGCUGUUCAGUGCAGACGGCAGCCAGGCUGUGAUUGGACCGGACAAACUGCGAGUCACAGGUCCUAAAGGAGCCUGGUUCCAGCAUUCAGUGGAGGUGCCCCUGCUGAAGUCUGAACCUCUGAAGAACUUGACGCUGGAGUGCCCCACCCGCUCCCUGACCAUGGACGCACCGAAGGGGGUUCACAUCAAAGCGCUGGCCGGAAACAUUGAAGUCGCCUCCAAAAUGGACGUGGUCCUGCACUCCAGUGAAGGACUGCUGGUGCUGGAUGCAGAGACGGUGCGCAUGCCACGCCUGCCCCUGAGCAAGGAAGGGGUCUCUGGAAAUGCCCAGGGUCUCUUCGAGGUCUGCGUCUGUCCCAGCGGGAAGCUCUUCCUGUCCAAAGCGGGACGAACAUCCACUUGCAGUGAAUAUCAGGACUGCUAGAUAGACUCAGACGAGGUCGUCCACUAUUUGCCCCUCCCUGAAGACGCAUCUCCGGGGGCAGAAAGCACAACCGUUUGUACAGAGCAAAGCCUUUCCUUCUCUUUCAACAUUUUUUUUUUUUCGUAUGUCACAGUAGAUCUGCAGCGCUCCUUCUGAGGCUGCUGAAAACGCAUUUGCCCACCGGCUGUCCUGUGCCAAAAGAAAUCCUUUUAAACUUUCAUUUGCUUGUGUACAAAUUGACCCUCGGUCUUAACAGUUAUAGCAUUCACAGAAGAACUCCUGUACACUUAGUGUCAUGGCUGGGCAAUGAGGAGCUGGUUGCAGCUUACAUCCUAUGCAAUAUUUUUUUUAACGGUGCAAUAAUUUAAACAAUCGCAGUUCAAGGACUCAGAAAAUAAAAACAAUCUCCCACACGGGAAAAAAAGUUUAUUGAAAAAAUAUUUGAUGCAAACCUUUAUGAUUCUGAGCCUUUAUGUGAUUAGUUUGUUUUGACAUGUCUUUAUGUAAAAGGGAAAAACACACAAUGAUGUUGGUUUAGUUUGCUGUUUUUACACAUUUGUUUUUCUUCUUUGAUUUAAAAAACUACCAGCAAGCCUUAAACUUGUUCUGCUUUAACUGCAUGAUGUGGAAUAAAAGUCAAAGUUGUUUUUGCAGGUAAGGAGAUCUUUGUUUUUAGUCUCAACAGCCAGGAAAACAUUAUUUCUGACUACAACAGAAAGGAGAAAAUAAAAUAGCUGUGGAUUCUUAAGGACUUUAUUUCUUUAUAACAUCUAUGACUUGUUUAUAAUGCUUUGUAUUGAGUGACAUCCUCCAUUUAUUGUCUAAAAUGAGUUUUUGUGAGGCUUGUGUGGUUGUAUCUCACCGUUUUGUGUGCAUUGUGUUAUGACGGUAACAGUCAGCUCCUGUUCAGCAGAAAUAAGAAGAGUUAAAGAUUUAUUUAUUCAUUUUGUACUUUGAAUAAAGCUUGUUUUAUUCUUGGA